GUCAGGUGCCCGUGAACCGGCUCCAGAGUCACCAUUCUCGGCUGUCCCGGUGACUCAGGCCAGGCGGGGACAUACGAGCUGCUCAGUGAAUAUUUGCGGGGUGAUUGGCACAGGCGGGCACUCAUUCACACCUCGCCACACGCAGACCAGGCCGUGGGCAGCACCACAGGGCUUGCAAGCGGGCAGACCCCGCAGUCCGGGGCGCAGGUUCGAAGCCCAGGGAGGGCUGGAGGCGGGAGCCGCUGGGGCCUCGUGACCGGGAGGCUCUGCCAAGCCCCGGGAGACCAGGGGCAAAAGCAGGGUUCACAUUCCAGGGAGACAGGCCAGCGGGGUCCAGGCCCCCCUCCCCCGUCAGCGCCCCGCAGCCGGAGGUCUGGAGGCCUGAGCUGCAGGCGCGGGACGGCCUGGGCGGGGCCAGCCGAGGGGCGGGCAGGUAGAUCACCUACCCGGCAAAGCGCUUGGCUCGCCCGGCUGCGCGGGAGACCGGGAGACGCAGCCCUUGCUGCCCGCCCGUAGCCGCCGUCCGACCCUCGAAGCCAGCCCGGCGCCAGCGUGGACCCGGACCCGCACCUGCCCCGCACCUGCCGAGCCGGCCCCCGACAGCUCCCUGUUACUCCGGGGUCCCCCUCGGGGCGCUCGUCCAGAGCCAUGGCCCGGAGGAUGAUACUCAGGCCGGGGCGGCUGGUGGUCCUUCUGCUCGGGCUCGGAUUCCUGCGGCCUGGGAUGGGAGCUGACGGAACAGAAGCAGCCUGCGGUGUGGUCUCCCAGGCUCGCAUCACCGGCGGCAGCAGUGCCAACCCUGGCCAGUGGCCCUGGCAGGUCAGCAUCACCUUCAAUGGCAUCCACGUGUGUGGUGGUUCUCUCGUGUCCAACCAGUGGGUGUUGUCAGCCGCUCACUGCUUCCCCAGGGAGCAUCACAAGGAUGACUACGAAGUCAAGCUGGGCGCCCACCAGUUGGACGCCUUCUCCGACGCCUUCACGGUGCGCGGGGUGGCCGAGAUCAUCACCCACCAGAGCUACCUGGAAGAGGGCUCCGAGGGCGACAUCGCGCUCCUGCGCCUCAACAUCCCCGUCAGCUUCUCUCGCCACAUCCGGCCCAUCUGCCUGCCCGCCGCCAACGCCUCCUUCCCCAAUGGCCUUCACUGUACCGUCACCGGGUGGGGCCAUGUGGCACCUUCAGUGAACCUCCAGGUGCCUCGGCCCCUGCAGCAGCUCGACGUGCCGCUCAUCAGCCGAGACACGUGUAACUGCCUCUACAACAUCAAGGCCAACCCUGAGGAGCCGCACUUCAUCCAGCAGGACAUGAUGUGCGCUGGCUAUGUGGCGGGGGGCAAGGAUGCCUGCCAGGGUGACUCUGGAGGCCCGCUCUCCUGUCCGGUGGGGGGCCUCUGGUACCUAGCAGGCAUUGUGAGCUGGGGCGAUGCCUGCGGGGCCCCCAACAGGCCAGGGGUGUACACCAUGACCUCGAGCUACGCCUCCUGGAUCCACAAGUACGCGCCAGAGCUCCAGCCUCAUGUGGUGCCCCAAGUCCAGGAGUCCCAGCCCGACGUCCACCUCUGCAAGGACUCUCAGACCAACUCUGCCCCCGUCUGGGGCUUGAGGGCGUCCGUGCUGCUGCUGCCUCUGGGUCUGACGCUGGGCCUCAUCCUCCCGUCGUGCCGGCUCUGAGCUCCCGGACACCCCAACACUCUGCCUCUCGGGCCUGGCUCGAGCAGCUCCUUCCUCCGAGGAUGCCGUGGGAGUUCAGGGCACCAUCCCAACCAAGCUUCUGGGUCUGUUUUUUGGGGACUACAGCCCUGCUGGGAACUUCUGGCCACCUCCAUCUACUGUCCCCGGGACACAGGCUGAGGCUCUGUUUCUAGAAGUAUGGCCACCACUCAGCUGACUGACUGUUACUUGUGGGUUCAUCCCCACUCUGCCGGACAAGCCCGCCACCUGCCACCUCAGCUUCUCCUGUCUGUGAGCGCCAUGCCUCCAGGGACAGGAAGGGACCCAGUCUUGGCCCUCUGGCCUCCGGAGGACUGAGCCCCCACCGGAACUGGACCUGGGCUUGGGUCUGGGGGUGGGUGGGGGGGAUUGAAAGAGUAAGGAGUAAAGUCAUUUGAGCACAA